CGCGCCCUCGUCUUCUCGCGCUUCGCGUCCUUCCUGCGGGCCGCGGAGGCCGCCGCCGCCGCCGCGGGCCUCCGGACGCUGCGCAUCGACGGCGCCGUGUCGCUGGCCGCGCGCCAGGCCGCGUGCGAGCGCUUCCAGCGCCGCGACGCGCGGGGCAACGUGGCGCUCUUCAUCACCAUCGGCGCCGGCGGCGAGGGGCUCAACCUCACGGCCGCGGACGCGGUCGUCCUCUGCGAGCCCUACUGGAACGAGCCCGUCGAGGACCAGGCGGUCGCGCGCGCGCACCGCAUCGGCCGCGCGCGGCCCCUGGACGUCGUCCGCCUCCACAUCGAGAAGACCGUCGAGGUGCCCAUCGCCAAGCUGAAGCGCGACAAGGCCGCCGACGCC